GUUCAGAAAAAAAAAGUAAAAAUGUCUGGAAAAAUAUUGGUAACUGUGAAUGAGGGGCAAAUUCGCGGAAUCAAACAAUUUUCAAAGUUCUCUGCAACAAAUUUUUAUUCUUUUUUUGGAAUACCUUAUGGAAGAUCUCCUGCAAGCACACGUCGAUUCACGAUUGCCAAUAAUCAAUUUGAAUCGAACAGGAUCCUGUGAAAGUAACCCCAUGGAGGGAUGUUCUCGAUGCAACAAGUGAAAAAGAAGGUUGCGUUCAAUUUUCAUUGCUCCAUUGCGAUUUUAUGGGGACAGAGGAUUGUUUAUUUAAUAAUAUCCAUGUACCAAAGGUAUCUAUGACUAAUCUCUUUUUUUUUUCAAUUAAAAUUAUUUUAGUCAGAGAGACAGGAGCACUAGCACUGAGUAGGUAUGGUGGAGAAGAAUAGCCUCAGUUCAUGUUUCUGCAGCACGCAUAAACAAUGGAAAAACAAUAAUUGAAUUCUUCAACUUAAAAUAUGAUUUUAUGCAAACUAAAAGGGAGCUCACAUCGUACCAUUUUUUGAGGCUCCUUUCGCAGGCUGAAAUAAUUGAAACAAAUUAUCACAAUUGGCAGCUACCUUGCAAAAACGAUAUUUUGAGACCAGUAAUAGUCAACAUUCACCCAGUAGGUUACAUUUUUGGUACACCACAGACAGACUUCUACGGAUCGCCUGAAUUUAUCAUGCACACCGAUGUCAUAUAUGUCUGUAUUUCCUUCAGGUUGCAUAUUCUAGGUGAUUAGUAAUCCAGUCAUACUUCUGCAAUGAAGAGAAUGAUUCUCAUCUUUACUUUUCAUCAAUCAAUUCACUUCGCAGGGUUUUUGAAUUUAGGGCUGAAAGAAUGUUCAGGUAAUCAAGGCAUAAAAGAUAUAAUUCUAUCACUCCAAUGGAUUAGGGGCAACAUACAAUCAUUCGGAGGUGAUCCAGAAAAUGUGACUCUGCUGGGAAGUAGCACUGGAGCUAUGAUCAUACAUGCUCUAAUGCUCUCACCUUCAGCCAAAGGUUUAUUUCACAAAGCUGUUUUGAUGGGCGCAUAUUUGACCAUUCCAAACGUGAUUCAACAGGAAGGUAAUGUAAGGCAGGGUCGAGAAAUAGCAGUAAGUCUCGGUUACAACGGAGACCUUCAAGAUCAUAAAAAACUGUUGACAUUUUUGAAAAAACAAGACCCUCAGUCAUUAAUUCAUGGCACAAGGCAAUGUCAAAAGAUUUUACAAGAGGUAAUCAUACCACAGGAUAAAGUCAUGUUUUCAAGUACUUACCAACAUAAGGGUGAUUCGCAAAAAAAAUAUGUCAAACAGGACAAAAUUUAGUGGAUAAAUACCUUCAUUAUUCUGAGUUUAAAAUUACUCCCAGAAGCAUUUUUAGGUCUGAAGGUGCUCAUAGAAGGAAGAUAUGGGUCGUCAAAGAGGGGAUAUCUUUAAAAAAAUGGCCCAGUUUAAAAAAAUUGGCAUUUCGAGAUUGUAGGUCGAAUUAGGCCAUUGCUGUCAAAAUCCAAGACCACUUUUAUGAUUCUACAUUUUUGAGCCUCCGGCAACGCUUUGAAAAUUCAUACAGCCUCCAGCAGAGUUUUGAAACUUUUUUUCCACAACAUUUUAUCAAAUAGAGUUAGAAAGCUGAAAUUCACUCUGCAAACUAAUUUCAAUACGCUAUGAAGUCGACUGCAGAUGGUUUCAAGUUUCUUGCUAGUACUUUCAAGUGUGAGGGAUUAUUAAUUCAUGAAUUCUGCGAUUAUUAUUCCUAAGGAUAAUUGACCGAGCUAUUAAUAAUCGCGAAAUAUUCAUUCCAUCUCAACAUAAUUUAAUCUCAAGACAAGUUCUUAAAAUCCAGUGUAAGAUGCACUUGAAAUUACAUUCUCCCGCCAACAGAGUGUCAUUCUUAGAGCAGAAAAUACUGUCAAAAGAAGCUUUUUCCAUCAUUGCUACAGAUUUUAAAUCGGCAUAGAAAUGAAGAACACACCGAGAAAUAUUAUGUACUUAGGUACCUAUAUACUGGCAAAAAUUUAAUUUUUUUCAACUCGUGAUUACUGAUUACUAGGGCUAGGAUUUUUGAGCGCUAUCAAACACGUUUUAAGCGCUAUAAAAAAAACAAUAAAAAUGUAAGAAAAAAACAAAAAAAAGCGCUAUCAAAUCCUACCAUGUUACGUAUCAAAAUGAAGGUUUUUUCAAACCCAGCAAGAUACCUUCCUUAAAUAUAUCUACAACUUGAACCAAAAUGAACGAAAAGAAGAAAAUGAAAAAAAAGGAAAAAACUGAAAUUAAAAAUUGAAAAAGACUUGAAAAAAAUAAUGAAAACUGAAUUUGUUAUUUUUCAGUUUUUCCUCCUUUGUUUUUUUGAACUAAGGUAAAGUGGGGUAAUUCCGAUAGCAAGCCCUAGCUUUGUUGCAAAACACAUUUUGGCACAAAUGAUGAAGAAAGUAGGUAGUUUUAGUGCUAACCUAUACCCAUUAAUGAUCAGAUGGUUCAUCUGCUCUGUUUUGUCAAGUCUGUGCAGUGUUCAAAAUCUGAAUGCCCAAAUCCUUUGCCGCAAAAAACAGGGCACUUUUGAAACUCGUUUUUAUCGUUCAAAACUUGUUGAAAAAUUCUGUUUAGAAGCUGAUAUUUGAUGAAUACGUGUUAAAGUGUCAGUACCUCUUUUGAUUUUGCUUUUAUAAUUAUUUGUUUGGUGGCAUUGAAUUGUUAAACAUGUCGAUCAUUUUUCAUGCUGUGGGGUAAUUCCGAUAGCCCCAGCAAAAUUGUCCUGCAAUGUUUUUUUCGCUGUUUUGAUGUAUUAUAGUUUUAGGGGGUCGAAAUUAUCAAAGAAAAUCCUCAAAACGGGGCAUUUUUCUCUAGUUGAUCUAGGUUUCAAAAAUUAUGCCUCAAAAAUGCAUAUUUGUAAAAAAAAUUGAAUUUUUGUUCUAAUGAUUCAAUUUACAUGAAAUAAAAACCUAAAUAUGCAAUAAAUGGUAUAUUUCAACAUUACUGGCUCGGAAUUACCCUGGGAGAAUUCCUUUCCUUAUAAAACUCAUUAUCGGAAUUACUCCAUUUUUAGGGUAAUUCUGAUAACUCAACCUUCCAAAAUGUUUUUUCAAUUAUAUGUAUGAAGCCUUCACACAAAUCACUCUUCAAUAUAGUCAAUGUGUAGCUGAAGGACGCAGGAAUAAAGUUGUUACAUCAUUUUUGCCCCAAAAUGUACAGGAAAUCCAAAAAAUGAGAAAUUGCUAAAAUUUUGAAUUUUGCCAUCGGAAUUACCCCACUUUACCUUAAUCGUUUUUUCAACAAUUUUUUUUUUUCAAAAAUGUGCAAAAAGUUGAUAAACUUUUGUAAUUUUCGAACAAUACCAAAUUUUUACCAAAAAAAGCACUAACGACGAGAAAAAGCCCCAAAAAAGCAAAAUUUCCGCCUUUUUGGCCCAAAAUAAGCAUUUUAAAGGAUUUACACAAAAAAAAAACAAAAAAAAGCACUAUCAACUUUCACCAUUCGCCUCAGAAUGGAAUGAAACGCAAAGAAAAUAUAUUUAUGCCGUACAGGGUGUAAUUGCUACAAAAAAAAAGCAUUAUCAUAAAAAUCCUAGCCCUACUGAUUACUGUUGUGGAGCCAUUUUGAAAAUUCAAAAAAACUGAGUGGUAUUGGUACGAGGCUCUUUUAGAAAUAAGAAAAUUCUGUACUCCGACGUCACAUACUCCUGAUAAAACUUUAAAAAUACUCGUACAUACCUACCUACACUUCACCACGGUGGAAAAAUUUGAGAAAAUUUCGCAAGACUGAUUCGAAUAUAUCUUAUCUAGUAGGUCUAGGUAUGUAGCUUGUUAUUUCACACAUAAAAUGGAAAACAUCACCGAAGCCCAAGGAAAACAGAUAGGCGAAUGACAAGUUCACAUGUUCUCAACAAAAAGCGGAAUUUUGGCAAAAUUUUCAUUCUCUACAAGAAAAUACAAUCACCAAGUAAAUAGCGAACAUGCCUAAAACUGUCGUGGUCUCGGUAAAGGAAGGUAAAAUUCGUGGAAUCAAAAAGAAAUCUGAAUAUUCGGGAGCCGAAUUUUUUUCUUUUUAUGGAGUACCAUAUGGACAACCACCAAUCAACACGCUACGAUUCAAAGAUCCGGUAAAAGUGAAACCUUGGAAAGAUAUCUACGACGCUACAAUCGAAAAACCAGGCUGUAUACAAUUUUCCCUUAAAUUCUGCCAAGUGCUGGGGACAGAAUAUUGCUUAUUUAAUAAAAUUCAUACGUCAGAAUUGCCAACCAAAUCUAGCCCUUUGAAACCGGUAAUUGUCCUCAUACAUGGUGGAGGGUAUUACCAUGGUUCACCAAAUGAAAAUCACUUCGGGAGCACCGCUUUCAUCAUGCAUCAUGAUAUAGUUUAUGUUGGAAUAGCACACAGACUGCACGUUCUGGGUUUUUCGAAUUUAGGGAUACCAGAGUGUUCCGGAAAUCAGGGCAUCAAAGAUAUUGUGCUGUCGCUACGUUGGAUAAAAGAUAAUAUAAAAUCGUUCGGAGGAGACCCGGAAAAUGUUACUCUGCUGGGAGGCAGUAGUGGAGCAGCGAUCAUUCAUAUAUUAAUGUUAUCACCAGAGACAGAAGGUCUAUUUCAUAAAGCUGUUAUGAUGGGAUUAUACAUAUUUAAUCCUGACGACCCAUAUGGCGAAGAUACAAACGAGCAAAUUGUAUACAAAUUCGCACGUUCGCUCGGUUAUGAAGGAAGUAUCGAUGACAAAAAAAAACUUUUGGCAUUUUUAAAGAAAUUGGGUCCCUUGGAUUUUGUUGGAGAAUACAGAAGUCAGCUUGUGAAGGAAGUUCGUCAGGAUAUCGCGCCAAUUCUUCCUUGCGGAGUUUUCACACCAACCGUUGACUGUGGUGAGAACGGAAUAUUACCUGAAUUUCCCAGAAAUUUAAUACAGUCGACUUCAAAAAUCCCAUUACUUUUCGGAUAUUGCGAUAGAGAAUCUGUUCUAGGGUUCAUUCAAGGAUCAAUUAGAGAAAGUACUGAAAGAAACUUCAAAACAUCAAUUCGUCAAAAUAAAUGGGGAUGGGGGCGUGAUUUGAGUGACGAUGAUAUUGAGCUAAUAUACAAACAAGUCGAGUCGUUCUACUCACAGGGAAAGCCAAUAAAGGAAGCAUCUUUACCAACAAAGAUAGAUAUUCAAACUGGUAUCAUGUUAUCAGACGUUUAUGAUACAUUAAUCAACGUUGUGGCUUCCAAUCCAGAAUCGCCUGUAUACGUUUAUAAAUUUCAAUUCGAAGGUGAAAUUGGUACCAUGAAAAGUAUGUACAAGAAUAUGUUCGACGAACGAAUAAAAGGUACUUUUCAUUGCGAUGAUGGUUUUUAUUGGUCACGCUCCUCCGAUCCUCGCAACGUUAAAACGAAACAGAUGGUAGAAACAUUUACAAAAUUCAUCACCACUUUUGCAAGAACCGGCGAUCCUAAUAAUGAAGAUGUGAAAGUUCACUGGAGACCUACCAAAGCAGAUUCUCCCUGUUAUCUGAGCAUAAAUGAUGAUUUGGAAAUGGUCGAUAGUCGAUUGCAUAACGAGAAAUUAGAAUUUUGGGACAAGAUAAAGGAACAAUUUCAAAAAAAAUGUUGAUAGAUCAUCACUUUUCAAAUUGAAUACAUUAAGUAAGAGAAUUGUACAUUAAACCAAAAAAAUAUUUUCAUUUA